AAUCGAAACAAACAUAUCAAAUGGAAAGCAGCAUAGUUUCUAUGAAAAGAACUUCUUUGGUGAGAUUUUAAUACUAAAUCAUCACUUGCCCCAGCACAAAAAAGAUGGUUUUUAAUGAAAUUCCAGAGGUCAUCGACUGGACAACGAGAGCGACAGAAAAACAAAAGGACAUCAUUCAGUAAAGUCGAUUGCUCAUUAGAAACUGUAUUUCUACAGUCAUGUGAGGAAACUUCAAACAAGUGACGAGACGUCAAUUAAGUGAGGGGACCUCCAUGAAAUCCUAAGGCUUGUAGAUACUGUGACUAUACAUACAUUAUAUUUGGCAUUUAUUUCAAUCACAAUUUAUCAAGUAUUUGACAUUGGUACGAUUACAUUCAUGUAAUUAAAGCUUACACACAAUUAGAUCGAUAUGCAUUCGCAGACUGAAGAUCUAAAUGCAUUCGCCACUUGAAGAUCUUUAAGUAUUCGCUGCUGGAAGAUCUAUAAUUAUUCCCCACUGGAAAAUCUAUAACUGUUCGCCGCUGGACUUCUAAGGAAUGUUCGGGACAGAAAAAGAUUUUGAACUUAUAGAUGCUUUAUUUUUCGUUGCGGAAUUUCUUAUUGGCUUUGUGGCCGUGAGUCUGAACUCAUUAGUUGUGUUGGCUAUAGUCAAACAUCGAAGUCUGCACUCAAUCACCAACGGCUUCAUCUGUAACCUUGCUGCGGCGGAUAUAACUGUGGGAUUAUUUGUCACGCCGUUCGCAGCUAUGUCCUACGUGGGCUACCCUGGCAAUUUCUACGGCUGCCUCUUCGUCAACUGCAUUCUGCUCAUCCUCACCAACGUGUCCAUCAUCAACCUGUUGGUCAUAGCAUUGGACAGAUUCUUCGCCGUCAAGUCGCCUUUACGCUACCAGAAGGUGAUGACGAUGAGGAAGGUCUACUGCAUCAACUGCGGGAUUUGGCUCUUGGGGAUCAACACGGGGCUAAUCCCAAUAUACGGCUGGUCUCACCCUUACAGAGAGCUUACGUUCUGCAGGUUCAUUGAUGUGAUUAAAAUGGAGCACAUGGUCUAUCUGCAGUUCUUCGGCAUCAUUCUCACAUCCAAUAUAAUCAUGUUCGCUGUGUAUACAUAUAUUUGUUUAGUGGUCAGAAAACACUCUACGCAAAUAGACGAAAUGAAUUUGCGAUUCGCGAGCCAGACAGAUAUAAAAAGGGCCACCAAGUGGUAUCGCAAAGAGGUUAAAGCGUCCAAGCUGAUCGUUUUAGCUGUGGCACUGUUCAUCUGCAUAACCCCCAUCAACAUCUUCAACUGCAUCACCCUCUUCUGCAAGACCUGCACGUAUUCCUACGCUUUGUUCCUCUGCACGAUUCUCCUGUCGCACUGUAACUCCUGCAUGAACCCAAUACUUUACGCUACCAGCAACAGCAGCAUCAAGGCCGCAAUGAAGCGCUUGAUUCUUUAUGCUCUGAAUAUAAGCCCAGAAGGCCUUCAGCUAGUGAUGUCCAGCUCAUACACGGGUGUUACGCCAAGCCGAUCUCGCGAUGUGUACAGACUUUCGGAAAAGAGUUUCUAUUCACAAGAAAGAACAAAGUCGAGUUUUAAAUCGAGCGUAAUUGAAGUUACCACACAUUCACCUGAGUUAGAGUCAAGUGUCUAGAUCAAAUGUAUUGGAUAGCUCAAAGUUAGGCCAAUGUGACAUAGUGUUGGAAAGAAAUUCAGUUUCAUCUGACAAAGUUUUAUGUUUGCUUAGUUUGAGCUGUUUGAACCUCACAGUCCUAUAGGUUUUUGUGUGUUAGAUCAAGUGUUUGACGAUAGAGACUGACUCGAGGUGUACAUAAGUAACAGUACAAUGCAUACACAAGUAACAGUACAAUGCAUACAUCUGUAACAGUACAAUGUAUACAUCUGUAACAGCUAAUUGCAUGCAUCAGUAACAGCAAAUUGCAUGCAUCUGUAACAGUACAAUGCAUACAUCUGUAACAGUGCAAUGCAUACAUCUGUAACAGUGCAAUGCAUACAUCUGUAACAGUACAAUGCAUACAUCUGUAACAGUACAAUGCAUACAUCUGUAACAGUACAAUGCAUACAUCUGUAACAGUGCAAUGCAUGCAUCUGUAACAGUGCAAAGCAUACAU